AUGAAGUUCAAUAUUGAUGGCUUGCCUAUUAUUUUCCCCUACGAUCGCAUAUAUCCUGAACAAUACUCGUACAUGUGUGAUUUGAAGAAGACGUUAGAUGCACAAGGUCAUGGAGUGCUCGAAAUGCCUUCGGGGACGGGCAAGACAGUUUCCCUUCUAUCGCUGAUCGUGUCAUAUCAACAGCAUUCGCCACACCCUCGCAAACUAAUUUAUUGCUCACGAACGGUGCCUGAAAUCGAGAAAGCCCUUUCUGAGCUCCAGCGACUUAUGAAAUAUCGUGUUUCUCAGGCCGAGACUCCAGAAGAGCGGAUGAAGGAAGAAAGCUUUAUCGGUCUGGGAUUAACCAGCAGAAAAAAUCUCUGCCUCCACCCUGAUGUGAGCAAAGAGAAGAAGGGCAAAGUGGUGGAUGCUCGGUGUCGUGAUCUAACCAACUCUGCCGCCUGCGAAAAGGGGCGAGCCAACCCCGGCUCGGUACCUCUAUGUGACUGGCACGAAAGACUCGGGGAAAAAGAACCUGGCAACUUGAUCCCUCCGGGUAUCUAUACUCUGGCUGAAGUUCUCCAGUAUGGGAGGGACGAAGGUGUAUGCCCUUACUUCACCAUCCGGCGCAUGAUGCCAUUUGUGGAUGUUAUCAUAUACUCCUUUCACUACCUGCUGGAUCCCAAAGUCGCGGAACAAGUCUCCAAGGAAUUCUCCAAAGACGCAAUCGUAGUUUUUGAUGAAGCUCAUAAUAUUGAUAACGUGUGCAUCGAAUCUUUGAGUAUCGAUCUGACGAGGCCGAUGCUAGACUCUGCGACACGCAGUGUGGUCAGAUUGACAGAAAAGAUUGAAGAAAUCAAAGAGACAGACGCAUCAAAACUCCAAGAUGAAUAUGCUAAGCUGGUCGAAGGGCUCCAGGAAGCGAAUAACGAGACCUCAGAUGAAGAUGCUUUUGUAGCCAAUGCAGUAUUACCGGAUGACCUCCUCAAAGAGGCGAUUCCAGGCAACAUCAGAAAAGCCGAACAUUUUAUCGCUUUCUUGAAGCGCUUUGUUGAAUACCUUAAGACAAGAAUGCGCGUACUACAUGUGGUCGCAGAAACACCCCUUUCGUUUCUGCAGCAUCUGAAAGACAUAACAUAUAUCGAGCGUCGACCCCUUCGGUUUUGCGCAGAACGCUUGCAAUCGUUGGUCAGAACAUUGGAACUGAAUCAGCUCGAUGAGUAUUUCGCAUUGCAAAAGGUUGCCAGUUUUGCUACAUUAGUCGCAACAUACGAGAAAGGUUUCCUUCUGAUUCUGGAGCCUUUUGAGACGGAGACAGCAACUGUCCCGAACCCCAUAUUCCACUUUACUUGCCUGGAUCCAUCACUCGCCAUCAAACCAAUAUUCGAACGCUUUAGCAGCGUCGUCAUUACUUCCGGCACGAUUUCACCGCUUGACAUGUACCCCAAAAUGUUGCAAUUCACUCCGGUAAUCCAAGAGUCGUAUCCCAUGACGUUGACGAGAAAUUGCUUCCUGCCCCUUGUCAUCACCCGCGGCAGCGAUCAAGUCGCCGUAAGCUCGAGAUUUGAAGUCAGGAAUGAUCCUGCGGUAGUACGUAACUUUGGCAGUAUUCUCAUCGAGUAUAGUAAGAUCGUGCCAGACGGCAUCGUCGCUUUUUUCCCAAGCUACCUGUACAUGGAGUCGAUUGUUGCAGCAUGGAACGAUAUGGGCAUCUUGAAUGAAGUCUGGAAGAACAAACUCAUAUUCGUUGAGACACCGGAUGCCAAUGAGACAAGCAUCGCACUAGAAAACUAUAGACGAGCAUGUAACAACGGUCGAGGCGCAGUGAUGCUCUCAGUCGCCCGUGGUAAGGUUUCAGAGGGUAUCGACUUUGAUCAUAACUAUGGUCGCGCCGUGAUCAUGUUCGGGGUGCCUUACCAAUACACCCAAAGUCGAAUUCUCAGGGCUCGUUUAGAGUACCUCCGAGAUGCUUACCGCAUCCGAGAGUCUGAGUUCCUGGCAUUCGACGCAAUGAGGAAUGCUGCACAAUGCGUCGGGCGUGUCUUGCGAGGGAAGACAGACUGGGGAUUGAUGGUGUUCGCGGAUAAGCGGUAUGCACGUGCCGAUAAGCGUGCUAAACUACCGCGGUGGAUGAACCAAUAUAUCAGCGAAACAGCCUCAAACCUGUCAACGGAUAUGGCCAUUGUACUUUCGAAGUUAUUUAUGCGCCAGAUAUCACAAAAUCCGAACGAGAACCAAACUGGGAUUUCACUGUGGACCCUCGAGCAUAUCGAGCAAAGACAGGCCGCGGAGAGGGAGAUGACAGCACAAAUGCAAGUCGACGAGAAGCGAGAAAUGCGGCCUGAUAGAGAAGGUUCUGCUACGUCAGAAGAUGAGUUCAUCGAAUCCUGGAGAAGUUCCGAGACGAUGAAUUGUUAGACGUGCCGAUGUAACCCCGACAACUAUAGGAUGACUGUUCGCGUGACCUACAGGAUUGGCGCAAGCUACACACCUCGCAAUGCAAAUCAGAUGUCACGGGUUCAGUCCUCCACACAGAAUCCCCU